AUGAUCAAUCGAUCGUUCAAAAGUCAAAUGGAUGAUCCGCAUCCCAAAGCAGAAAAAAGCGGAAGAAUUGGUGGGUCAUCUGUCCGGAUCGAAUCCGUGAAGCUGUACGGAGUGCCAGAGGUCGGAGAGACCGGUCAUGAGAACGGAUCGGUGAUGUGUUGCACCCACCACAGAAAAGGUGAGCACACGGUGGGAGGUAUCCAUCACCCACCGGAUGGGCAACCCAACCGGAAGACUUCCGGUUGGAGGAACGUUAGAGCAUGGGGAAGUUAUCGUUCCUCCAACCGUACUCGACGACCUUAUCACGUUGUGGGACCCUCCGCUGAAGAAAUCUUGCCGACGAAUAAUACCGGAUCGACCUUCCAAAAACUUGCCGACAAAUCUUACCGGCUCAAUUCUCCCAAGUCUUCGGCUACGCUGAAGAAUCUCGACCCGAAGAAUCAUACCGGACCUACAUUUUAUCUUGCCGACGGAGGAAUACCAGCUUGA